GAAGGUCGUCCCUGUGACCGGCCCGGUGUCUGGAGCAGGUGUCGCCAUGUUGUCGGUCGCCGCCCGCUCGGGCCCGUUCGCGCCCGUCCUGUCAGCCACGUCCCGCGCGGUGGCCGGCGCGCUGCGGCCCCUGGUGCCGGCCGCGGUGCCCGCCACCUCGGAGCCGCCGGUGCUGGACGUGAAGCGGCCUUUCCUCUGCCGGGAGUCGCUGAGCGGCCAGGCCGCGAGCCGGCCUUUGGUCGCCGUCGUAGGCCUCAAUGUGCCUGCCUCCGUCCGCUGUUCGCACACCGACGUCAAGGUGCCCGACUUCUCCGACUACCGCCGCGCCGAAGUGUCCGACAGCACGGCGUCUUCCAGAGAGAGCACCGAGGCCAGAAAGGGCUUCUCCUACCUGAUAACCGCCACGACGACGGUGGCCGUGGCGUACGCCGCCAAGAACGUCGUCUCCCAGUUCGUCUCCAGCAUGAGUGCUUCGGCCGACGUGCUGGCCAUGUCAAAAAUCGAGAUCAAGUUAUCCGACAUUCCGGAAGGCAAGAACAUGGCUUUCAAGUGGAGGGGCAAACCUCUGUUCGUGCGCCACAGAACCAAGAAGGAGAUCGACCAGGAGGCCGCCGUGGAGGUGUCCCAGCUGAGGGACCCGCAGCACGACCUGGAGCGAGUCAAGAAGCCCGAGUGGAUCAUCCUGAUCGGCGUCUGCACCCACCUGGGCUGCGUGCCCAUCGCGAAUGCUGGAGACUUCGGCGGCUACUACUGCCCGUGCCACGGGUCGCACUAUGACGCGUCCGGCCGGAUCAGGAAGGGGCCCGCCCCUCUCAACCUGGAAGUCCCCACGUAUGAGUUCACCGGCGAUGACCUGGUGAUCGUCGGCUAGACCCCUGACCCCGAGGAGUCUUCGUGCCACUGGAAGACUUAUUCGCGAGCAGGCCUUCUGUCCUUCAGUUUCAAGUUGGUCGAUUGUCAAGGUUUAAGAAUGGGUGAUAAUGAACUUGCGAACGUCAGUGCAAAGUAGAGUCUAACGCGGGGUGCUCUCAAGCAGUCACUCGAUGAAGGCACCGUUGACGUUGGGCUCUGCGACUGGAAAGCUGCAGUGUCUUUGAUGGUUAAUUCGAAUUAAAAAUCAGGCUGGCGUACAAGAGUCUUGUGAAA